AUGGGCCAUUCAAUGUGUUGGUUCGGUUCAACCCAAAAUUCAACAGAGGACUGGCCUCACUACAUAUUCUUUGUGAUCCCAAUGGGUUUGGUAUCCGGCGUGAACUUCGUUUUGUGGGCGCUGACGGCGCGACAUUGCGCGCGCGUCAAGUCCGAAGUGCAUCGGCUGCAGGCAGGCUCAGUGGGUGAUCGCGCUAAACGCCGCUUUCGAGUGAACAAGGCAAAUUUGACGUUGACCGGAAAAUUAUGGGUGGUAAUGGGAGCUGGCUGGAUUUCGGAAUUAAUCUCAACACUACUGAUGGAUCCCGACGCGAAAGUGCACUGGAUCAUAACUCUAGUCGAUGUGGUGAACGAACUCCAGGGGGUUCUGAUAUUCAUCAUUUUGAUCUUCAAACCGAAGCUCUACUACCUCAUCAGGAAGAGGCUUGGGUUGGAGAAACCAGAGGCGAGGAAGAACGGCGCCUCGUCGUCGGGGCGGACCUCGUCCACGUUUCUCUCCCGCACCAUCAGCUCGGACGAGCGCACCAACAAACGAGUCUCAGUACCCAACGACACUGCCAAGCUCCACUGA